AUGGUCAUAAAGGCUUGUAUCUUCGACAUCGGCGGAGUCUGCGUAAGCCCCCUCCCCUUCUCCUUUCCCCUCUCUUCCCAGCCCACGAAUACCGACAAAACCUCAGAUCGUCUCCCCCCUCCACGCCAUCGGCGCCUACGAGACCGAAAACUCCAUUCCAAGCGGCUACGUCUCCCACGCCAUCGUCGCCUCCUCCCCAUCGGGCUCCUGGGACAAACUCGAGCGGGGCGAGAUCCCGAUGGACAGCGCCUUCUACACCGGCUUCACCUCCGACCUAACGAACCCCGAGACCUGGAGCUCGUUCCUCCGCUCCCGCAACCUCCCCGAAGCGACAGCAACACCACCGCCGCGCAUAGACGGCGAAGUCCUCUUCUGGCAGAUGAUGACCGAGUCCCGCGUCCCCAAUCCGCCCGUCAUCGCCGCGAUACGCAGGCUGCGUGCGACGGGACGGUACAAGCUCGCAGCGCUCACGAACGACUACCGCUUCCCGCGUGACCACCCGUUCGCGGAUAAUUCCGGGUUGAGGGGGCUGUUCGACGUGUUCGUCUCGAGCAGUGAGUGCGGGAUGAGGAAACCCGAGAGGGGGAUUUACCGGCUCGUGCUUGAGCGGCUUGGUGUCGCUCCGGGGGAGGCGGUGUUUCUGGACGACCUGGGGCUGAAUUUGAAGGUUGCGAGGGAGCUGGGGAUCAUCACGAUUCGCGUGCCGCUCGAGGAGUCAUGGAGGGCUGUUAGGGAACUGGAAGGGGUGCUCGGUGAAAGGUUGCUUGAUGAGGGGGAAGGGGCGGGCGGGGAGAAGGCGAAAUUGUAA